AUGGAUAUCGUCGAUCGCGAUAUGGAGAGGGCGGAGGUGAUGGCCACCAGGACAUAUUCGCAGGAAAGCAAGGCCCGCCGCUCUUUACGAAGUCAACGAUCCCACCAGUCUGUUUCCUCCUCUUCCGGAUCCUCCACCUCCACGGACGCAGAUGUGAUGGGUAGGAUCGCAACCGCCUCAGCCGCAAGCCUAGGGCGCACGAGAACACACCCUGUCGAAGAUCAUCGCACAGAAACGCAUAGAUUGCAACAUAUCCAGACAGUCGGAGCCAGCACAAAAAGUCGCCCCGACACAAAACCAUUACCGGAGUUUGGUGGUGGAAAGCCUUAUCCUCCUGCUUUGCCCGAGCGGGAAGAAUAUGUGGUCGAGUUUGAUGGCAAAGAUGAUCCUCUACACCCCCAGAACUGGCCCUUUUCGAGGAAACUCUACUUGGGCGCCAUUCUAGCAUACACCUGUUUAUGCAGCACCUUUACCUCUUCUGUCUUCUCCGCGUCCACCACGACCGUUGCCAGAGUUUUCGGCAUCGGGCUUGAAGUCGCCACUCUCAGCACCUCGCUCUACGUCCUGGGCUACGCUUUCGGCCCUCUUGUCUGGGGCCCUUUUAGCGAAUUGCAAGGCAGAAAACUGCCCAUUUUGGUUGGCAUGUUUGGUUUCUCCAUUUUCAAUUUUGGCUGUGCCGCCGCCAAGGACAUCCAGACUGUCAUGCUCUGCCGCUUCUUCACCGGCCUGUUUGGGUCAUGUCCUCUGGCAGUGGUGGCUGCCGUCUUCGCCGAUAUGUUUGACAACACCCAGCGUGGGCCGGCCGUCGUCAUUUUCUCCGCCAUGGUUUUCAUGGGUCCGAUGCUGGGGCCUUUUAUCGGUGGUUUCAUCAACGCGUCCUACUUGGGCUGGCGUUGGAAUGUCUACCUUCCAGGCAUCAUGGGCUCGGCUUCUUUCCUUCUGAAUCUGUUUUUCCUCAAAGAAAGCUAUGCUCCUGUGGUCCUGGUCAGCAAAGCUGCCGAGUUGCGCCGCCGAACUAAGAAUUGGGGAAUCCACGCAAAGCAGGAGGAAGUCGAAGUCGAUUUUCGCGAGCUCGUGACUAAGAAUUUCUCCCGUCCACUUCGAUUGUUGGUUUCGGAGCCCAUCAUCCUCGCCAUCACCAUCUACAUGUCUUUCAUCUACGGUCUGCUUUAUCUUUUCUUGACUGCAUACCCUCUCGUUUUCGCCGGCGUUCAUGGUUUCAAGCCUGGGGUAUCAGGGUUGCCAUUCUUUGGAAUGGUUGUUGGCAUUUUCAUCGUGGCUGCUUAUAUCAUCUUCACCUCCAAGCAGUACAACAAGAAGCUCGAGGCCAAUGGUGGCAUUCCCGUCCCCGAAUGGCGUCUCCCCCCUGUCAUGAUCGGGGGUGUGCUUUUCGCGCUGGGUCUUUUCUGGUUUGGCUGGGGUGGCUACAAGAGAUCUGUUCACUGGAUCGUUCCAACUCUUUCAGGACUCUUCACCGGAUUUGGCCUCUUGGCUAUCUUCAUCCAGUGCUUCAACUAUCUCAUUGAUUCCUACCUCAUGUUUGCUGCGUCAGCGAUCGCGGCGAAUACUUUUCUCCGUUCGAUUACCGCAGCCGGCUUCCCCUUGUUCGCACGCCAGAUGUUCGAUGGCAUGGGGAUCGAGUGGGCUUCCACGCUCCUCGGGUGCUUCGCGUUCCUGCUUGUACCGAUCCCAGUUCUGUUCUAUCUCUACGGCGCGAAGCUCCGUGCGAAAUCCAAAUUUGCGCCGACGAUGGCAAUCAAGAAGCCUGCCGAUGAAGAAGAAAGCAGCAGCGAUGAUGAGAUGCAGAUGGCUGCGCUUCACGCCACUAGAAGUCGUGCCCACCAUGACUUGAACACGGGAAGGUCGAGAACGAGAACAAGGACCAAUGCUUCGGCCGGUGCUGUUCCAUCAGCCACCAUACCCUCGAAUAAUACCAAUUCUGCUGGGGCGGAAAAGAAUGCGUGA